AUGAAGAGCUUUGUCCUUGGAGUGGUCUUCGUCGGUGCGGCGCUUGCUGCCCCGAACCAACGCUCGCUCACAGCCGCCAGUGAUUGCAAGUGCUUCCCUGGUGAUAGCUGCUGGCCUGCCACGGCGCAGUGGGAGGCCCUCAACACCACCGUCGGCGGAAACCUCAUUGCUACUGUUCCGCUUGGCUCGCCUUGUCACGACCCUACCUACGAUGCGGCCACCUGCACUUCACUGCAAAGCCAAUGGCAGGAUUCCGAGAUCCACAUGGAGUCCUCCUCCUCCGUCAUGGCUCCAUUUUUCGCGAAUCAAAGCUGCGACCCCUUUCAGCCAGAGUCUCGUCCCUGUUUGCUGGGCAAUUAUGUCGUCUACGCCGUUGAUGCCAAGACUCCCGAGCACAUCCAGGCCACUAUCGCUUUUGCGCAAGAGCACAACAUCCGCUUUGUCGUCCGUAACACUGGCCAUGACUACAAUGGUCGCUCGACCGGUGCUGGAGCUCUCUCUGUUUGGACCCACCACAUGAACAGCACCGAGGUUGUCGACUGGAACACCGCCGCUUACCAAGGCAAGGCCAUGAAAGUCGGCGCUGGUACCCAGGGCUUCGAAGUCAUGGAGGCCGCCCACAACGCUGGUCUCGCUGUUGUGGGUGGAGAGUGCCCGACGGUUGGAAUUGCUGGAGGUUACACCCAGGGUGGUGGUCACAGCGCUCUUUCCACCAGCUUCGGUCUGAGCGCUGAUAACGUUCUGGAGUGGGAGGUCGUCACUGCUAACGGCAGCUUCCUCACUGCUUCCAAGACUGAGAACGCCGACUUGUUUUGGGCUCUAUCUGGUGGUGGCCCGGGUAACUGGGGUGUUGUAACCUCCAUGACCGUUAAGGCUCACCCUGAUGCAAAGUUCGGUGGUGCCACUCUUGUCAUAAUGGCUGCCCAAAACAACAACACUGCCUUCUUCGAUGCUAUUGAUGCCUUCCAUGAGGAGCUUGCCGGUAUGGUUGACGGUGGCUCCAUGGUCGUCUACUACUUCGGUGCCGAUUUCUUCCAGAUCGCCCCUCUGAAUGCCUACAACAAGACCGCCGACGAGGUCAGAACCCUUCUUGCUCCCUUCGUCGCCCGUCUCGAUGGCCUCGGCAUCACGUACACAGUCAAAUAUUCCGAGUUUGAAAGCUACUACAACCACUACGACCAGUACUUUGGCCCCUUGCCUAUCGGCAAUAUCCAGGUUGGCAUUGCCCAAUACGGAGGCCGCCUCAUUCCCCGCGACAACAUCACCAACAUCGGCUCUUUCUCUCGUAGUGUUGCCGAAAAGGGCGUCACCUUUAUCGGCGUCGGAACCGACGUGGGCAAGUUCGGCACCAAGGAGACCAACUCUGUCACCCCCGCUUGGCGUAACGCUAUUGUCCACGCCACCCUGACCACCGUCUGGAACUUCACUGCCCCCUGGGAGGAGAUGAUCGCCAACCAAGACCUCAUGACCAACGUUGUUAUGAAGGAGAUUGAGGCCCUCACCCCCAAUGGCGGUGCUUAUAUGAACGAGGCCGACUUCCAGCAGCCCAACUUCCAGGAGGCUUUCUUCGGCAGCAACUACAACUCCUUGUUGUGUCUCAAGAACAAGUGGGACCCUAAUGGUUUCUUUUACGUUCGCAAUGCUGUCGGCAGUGAGUCGUGGAGCGUUGCCAACGAUGGAAGAAUGUGCCGUGUUUGA